AUGAAGUUAUUGGUCCUCGCUUUCUGCAUUGGAGUGGCUGCUGCUCAAAGUACAUCGUGUGGACCGGUAACUUUCACUGAUGGGCUUGGCUCUUGUCCACAAAACUGUAUUGUCAGCGGUGAUCAAUGUGUGAUGAAUGUCGAAGGAUCUGGAUCGGACAGUGCAAGCAAUGAGGGAAGUGGAGAUAUCGAUACGGAAUCUGACAGUGUUGAGAGCUUCGAAGGAUCAGGAUCAGGAGCAGACUCAGGAUCAGGGUCAGGCUCAGGCUCAGGAUCAGGAUCAGGGUCAGGCUCAGGAUCAGGCUCAGGAUCGGGAAGCGUGAGUAUUGAGGAGAAUGAAGAUGGCAAUGACAACAAUGAUGAUAGCACUGAGAAUCAAGAUUCGGUGGAGAUCGCUGUUCAAAAGGAUUGCGGCGAGCCGAUGUUUGGCUUCUGUCCAACGAACUGUGUUCUCACUCCAGAUCGUCUUCGGUGUAUCUUCGGAGUUUCACCAUCAGCAAUUUGUGGACCGGCUACUUCUUUCGGUUGUCCAGCCGGUUGUUCUCUUCAAGGUGACACUUGUGUCCAAGUUCAACAAGAGCAAACUCAA